CAACCUUUGACGUCAGUGCCGUUCUGGAUUUAAAUUCUAAGAAGAUGGCGGCGGGCGCCGAGUGGAGGGGGUCAUGUAUCUGUCGUCGUGGCGGUGGCGGCGAUGACGGCGGCAAUUCCAGCACCGAAGAUGAGUCUGAUAUCCAGGAGGUUCCAGUGAAUUCAGAUGAUAUACCCAUGAAAGAGGCAAGGCCAAUACAGGUAGUGUUGGCACAUGAAGAUAAUCAUCAUUUUGAUCUUGAUGAAGCAUCCUUGGAGCGAAUUCUAUUGCAAGAACACAUUCGGGACUUGAAUGUUGUGGUUGUCUCAGUGGCUGGAGCAUUUCGUAAAGGCAAAUCAUUUUUGUUGGAUUUCAUGCUGCGAUACAUGUACAGUCAGGAUCCGGGCACCUGGCUAGGUGGUGAUGAAGAGCCAUUAACUGGGUUUACCUGGCGAGGUGGAUGUGAACGAGAAACUACUGGUAUACAAGUUUGGAGUGAAGUUUUUGUGAUCAACAAAUCUGAUGGAAGCCAGGUUGCAGUGCUUUUAAUGGAUACUCAGGGGGCCUUUGAUAGUCAGUCAACCAUAAGAGACUGUGCUACAGUGUUUGCUCUUAGCACCAUGACAAGUUCUGUUCAGGUAUACAAUUUGUCUCAGAACAUUCAAGAAGAUGAUCUGCAACACUUGCAGCUCUUCACAGAAUAUGGUCGACUGGCUAUGGAAGAAGUGUACCAAAAACCCUUUCAGACAUUAAUGUUUUUAAUAAGAGAUUGGAGUUAUCCCUAUGAGCAUCCAUAUGGACUGGAAGGAGGCAAGAGCUUCUUGGAAAAACGAUUGGAGAUAAAACAAAACCAACAUGAAGAGUUGCAGAAUGUUAGGAAACAUAUCCAUUCCUGUUUUGCCAAAAUCACCUGCUUCCUAAUGCCUCAUCCCGGUCUGAAAGUAGCCACAAAUCCUGGUUUUGAUGGGAGAUUAAAAGACAUUGAUGGUGAUUUUAAAAAGGAACUUCGCAAUGUGGUGCCAUUUCUACUGUCCCCUGAGAACUUGGUAGAAAAAGAAAUAGGAGGAAGUAAAGUGACUUGUCGGGAUCUAGUUGAAUACUUCAAGGCUUACAUCAAAAUUUACCAAGGAGAGGAACUGCCUCAUCCAAAAUCUAUGCUACAGGCAACAGCUGAAGCCAACAAUCUAGCUGCUGUCGCAGGAGCAAAAGAUGUCUACAACAAAGCUAUGGAGAUGUUUUGUGGAGGAGAUAAGCCUUACAUAGCACCAGCAGAUCUGCAACAACGGCACCUGACCUUAAAAGAAGCUUCUAUCAAGCAGUUUCGAUCAGUCAAGAAAAUGGGCGGGGAAGAGUUCUGUCAGCGCUACCAAGAGCAACUUGAGCAAGAAAUGGAUGAGAACUAUGCAAAUUUUGUAAAGCACAAUGACAGCAAAAAUAUUUUUUAUGCUGCCCGUACACCUGCUACGCUUUUUGCUGUGAUGUUUACCAUGUAUAUAAUCUCAGGAGUGACUGGAUUUAUUGGUUUGAACUCGAUAGCUUCUUUAUGCAAUAUCGUUUUGGGAAUAGCUCUAAUAUCCCUCUGUACCUGGGCUUACACCAAGUAUUCUGGUGAAUUCAGAGAAUUUGGAACAAUCAUUGAUCAAGUGGCUGAAACUAUAUGGGAACAGAGGAGUCCAAAGAAGGUAUUAAGCAACCUGUUCACUUCAGCUCGAAAUAAAGUGAUCCAUCGUUCUGUUGCAUCAACACUGAGGCUAUCAUCAAACAACAAGAAGAAGAAAAACUAGCUUGUUGUCCUUUAUCAUUUUUUGGGAUGGGGAUGGAAGUUUGGACAAUGACAUGUAUAGUAUGAACUGGUCAGGGUUUUGCUGUGCAACAGGCUAUAAAUUGUACAUGGUAAUCUCAAUGUAGGGUGCAGAGCUACUUGUUUUUAAGUGACUUACAGGAAACUGACUUGAAUGGGUUGUGGUAAAUGCAUCUUAAUUAAGAUCAUGAACUUUUUAAAUUUAAUUUUAUAUAUAUAUAUAUAUAUAUAAAACCUUGUAUUAUCCAUUGUAUUAUAUAUGCCAGAAUUGCACAAGCCAUGGUUAUCCUAUUUUUCACUUAACUUUCUUUUCUUUACUAGUCAGGGUUGAACUUGGUUUUCCAUUCCAUUUUUCCUAUCAUUCUUUAUUCUCAAAGCUAUUCUGCAGCUACUUAAUAGGGAAAUUUUUAAUGAACAUGGUAUUUCUGCUUUCUGUUAGCAUGUUUUUAAGUCUCCGCUUUUCUUUUAACAUUCCCAUAUUACAGGUGUUGAAGCCACUGAGUGACAAUUUGAUGGAGGACAACAUAAAGCAAACUGUAGCAAACUCCAUCAAAGCAGGGUUGACUGAGCAGGGCUCCCAACAUGCCAAAUUAAAGACAAACUGACAAUCCAACUUGCCCUUGCCUGGCUCUAUUGCUGUCAAAUGUUUGCUGUAGGUUAUGGACUUGGUGAAUCAACUUGUAAUUAGUCUGCGUAGAUUUUGAAGUGAAAGUUACAACUUCACAGGAUGCUGGCACAAAGAUCCGAAGAAAGAAGGAAUUGUUGCUGGAGAAGAUUUUUAUAAUGGAUAGAGAAUUACAUUACUAAACAAGAAAGUUCAGGGAUGAGUAAAAUUAAUUUUGGAUGUUACUUAUUGUCAUGAACAUUAGUUGAAUUUCCUUUUUCAGUUCACCUUUUGUGUGUUGGUGGAUUUGUGUGAAAGACUGAUUUGUACUGUAGAAAUCUGUACAGAUGAAUCAAUGGGAUCAUUUGAGGUGGUGAUGCAUAGUAAAGCUUGAAAUCAGUCAGUGCAUAUUUUUUUCAUUUUGUUAAUGCUUUGCUUGAAUUACCAGUAUUACACUGCAUGAAUCCAAACUACCCAGACUACUGGAUUACGUUGUGGACUAAAUUGCUGUUAGAUGAGAGUAAUUGAAGCUUACCUACCUUGCCUUUUUUCUUAAACACAUACUGACAACAUUGAAUCAGUGACAGUUGGACUGCUGGGAGACUUUACCAUUUCAUUACUGCCACUUGAAUCCAUCCAACAUCCUUUUCAUUUUCCUUUUUUGACGGUGAUAAAUCCGUCCACAAAGAACUGUUACCCGUAGUUGUCAGUUAACAUUUGCCUGCACACUGUUAUCUUUAAUUUAAUUUUCUAUCAAAUUAUAGAGGUGGGGCAUGUAUAUUAAAUAUAAAUAUAUAAAUACCAAAUUUUGUAUCAAAGUUUUUGUAGUUAAUGGCAAAAUCUGGUACAGUGGUAGGCUCUGUGCAGUUUAUGUAAAGGACUGUUAUUUGUGAGUGAUGUAAGCAUCAGAAUGCAUCAAAUUUGAGGUUUUGAUAUAUUUGUGAUAUUACCUGCCUUGAGCGUUGCAAUCCCACCCCUUAUUGCAAAGCAUUGGGAAUGUUAGUUGUGGAAUUCAGUUGUCUUCUGUUGCAUUUUAAAGUUAUUUCCUGUAAUUUAUUUUUCAAUACAUAAUUAAAGUACUCUGACAUUU